AUGGCGGCCAUCGUCAUCCCAGUCAAUGAGUCCCUCCAGACAGCAGAGAAGGUUCUCAAGGAAACAGCAACAGCAUCCGUGGUCGAGGUUCUCACUGACGACGAUUCUAAACCACAUACCAUACGGUCGCCGGGCGGCAUGUUCCUCGAGGAUAUCGACUUGCACGCCGUAGAUGCUCAGUUCUUCAAUCUCCCCAGAGCCGAUGCUAUUGCCAUGGAUCCAAAGCAGCGCCAGCUGCUUGAGGUCGUCGUUGAAUGUCUCGAGAACAGUGGCAUUACACUGGAGAGCAUCAGCGACAAGCAGAUUGGCUGCUUUACAGCCAGCUACGCCGUUGCCUGCUCCGGCGGCCUGGUCAGCGUCGAUACCGCUUGCCGAUAUCUCCAUUCCGGCCAGGCUCAGGGCUGCAUCGUGGCCGGCGCGAACAUCUACCUGAGCCCCGAGCAUAUCCAAGACAUGGGCACGAUGAGAGGUGUAUCAUCAACUACAGGGCGGUGUCACACCUUUGACGAAAAGGCCGAUGGGUAUAUCAAGGCAGAAGGUGUCAACGCUGUUUUCCUCAAACGCCUCGACGACGCCAUCAGAGAUGGCAAUCCGAUCCGUGCCGUGAUCCGGGCAACGUCCACAAACUCGGACGGCUGGACGCCAGGGAUCAGCAACCCGAGCUCUGAGGCCCAAGCUAGGAAUAUUCGGAUGGCGUAUGCCAAUGCCGACAUUGACAACUUCAACGAGACAGGCUACCUGGAGUGCCACGGAACCGGCACACCCGCCGGAGAUCCGGCAGAGGUCGAAGGCGUCGGCUCCGUCUUUGGGAUCUCCCGCAACCCGAAAGACCCACUUAUCAUCGGCUCGAUCAAGAGCAACAUUGGGCACUCAGAGCCAGCAGCAGGACUGUCUGGUCUGAUCAAGGCGGUUUUGGCCGUCGAAAGGGGCAGCAUACCCGGAAACCCAACUUUUGUCCACCCAAACCCCAACAUCGACUUCGAUGGCCUCCGUGUCCGGGCUACGCGACGGACCAUCAACUGGCCCGAAGCCACGCGUGGAUAUCGUCGAGCAAGUGUGAACUCGUUUGGCAUUGGAGGUAGCAAUGGCCACGCCAUCCUCGACUGUGCGCAGCACUUCCUUAGUCGCAAUCAAAUACAACGUGUCGCAAGACAAGUGUCGUCUUUCGGCCAAUCCCUGGACGAUUACCGCCUUGAGGACGUGAGAAAAGAUGCCAAUGUUCCAUAUACCGGACCUAAACUCUUAAUCUUCUCGGCAAACGACGAGUACUCACUUAGAUCUUACAUCAAGAGCCUAUCGGCCCACCUCGCGGACCCUUCCGUAAACGUGACAAUAUCAGACCUCGCGCAUACCCUGUCCCAGCACCGGUCCCGCCACUACCAGCGCGCCUUCACAGUCGUCGGCGCCUCGCCCACUGAAAAGCUGAGCAGCAUCGUCCCGGAAGCCGCCGUCUUCGCGAAGCGCGCAGCCACCGCCCCCAGGGUCGGCUUCGUCUUCACAGGCCAGGGCGCGCAGUGGCCGCAGAUGGGCCGCGAGCUGCUUGCACUGUUCCCCAUGACGGCCGGCCUUGCCGUCGACCUCAUGGACCACGCAUUGCAGGGCCUACCGGCAGAGGUGCGCCCGGGCUGGACGCUGCGCGCCGAACUCAGCGAGCCGCGCAGCCCCGAGCAUCUCCGCCGGCCGGAAUUCGCGCAGCCGCUUGCCACAGCGCUCCAGGUCGCCAUGCUGGCCGUGCUCAGAUACUGGGGGGUCCGCGUGGAGUGUGUCGUGGGACACUCGUCAGGCGAGGUCGCGGCCGCGUAUGCCGCCGGCCUGCUGACGCGGGAGCAGGCCAUCAAGAUCGCGUACUUCCGCGGCCUCGCCGCCAAGCAGACGCCGCCCACCGAGCCCGUCGGCAUGAUGGCUGUCGGCCUUGGCGGCGACGCGGUGCGGCCGUAUCUGGACCUUGUAAACAGGCCCGGCGGUGGCACCGGGGAGGUGGUGCAGGUCGCGUGCUUCAACAGCCCGUCCAGCUCGACGCUCUCGGGGGCUCUCCAAGCUCUUGAAAUUGUGCGGGACGCUUUGAAAGGAGAUGGGUAUUUUGUCCGCAUGCUCCAGAUCGAUAUGGCUUAUCAUUCGCGUUACGUAGCCAGUGCUGGCAAGCGAUACGAGCAGCUUUUCCAGCAGUACUGUACCGACAGUGCUUUCGUUUGCGCAUCAUGCUAUCAAGAAGUAACCAUGUUCUCCUCGUUGACAGGGCACAGGCUGGAUGCAGGUGAGAAAACAGCCUGGUCGUAUUGGAAAGACAACCUGUUUUUUCCGGUACGCUUCGAACAGGCGUGCCGGGCAAUGCUCCUGGAUAAAAACCGCUCCGCAGAUUUCAUGAUCGAGAUCGGCCCUAGCAACGCUCUUGCUGGUCCUCUGAGCCAGAUAUGCAAGACGCUUCCCAGUAAGGGUGCGGGUAUUACAUACACAGCGGCCGCCAGCCGAGGUCCGGACACCAUUCUCUCUCUUUUCGGCGUUGCUGGGCGUCUUUUCCUUGCAGGAGGCGACGUGGACUUAGCCAAGGUCAAUGAGGAGCAGCCUGGCGCGUCAUUCCCCACACCAGCCUUCAUCGUCGACCUGCCCAACUACGCAUGGAAUCACACCGUCAAGUAUUGGGAAGAAGGCGAGUCUAGCAAAGACUGGCGCUUCCGCAGAUUUCCGCACCAUGACCUCCUCGGAAGCAAGAUUCUAGGGACUUCGUGGGAGGCCCCGAGCUGGAAAAAGUAUCUGCGGCUCCAAGACGUGCCCUGGCUUGAGGACCAUAAGAUGGGUCCCGACAUCGUAUUCCCUGGAGCUGCGUAUAUUUCCAUGGCAGUCGAGGCAGUAUAUCAGAGACGUCUCGUGGCGGCAACUGAAGAAGACACCGGCAACCUGGCUAGGGGAAACUACCAUUUCCGCCUGCGAGACCUCAAUUUCCGGCGUGCUUUGGUGUUGGACCCGAUGGCUACUGCCAAGCUGAUGCUGACGAUGCACCCGGUGACAGGCUCCGACCAGACCUGGUUGCAGUAUAAGGUAUGGUCGUUGGGAGAAGAUGAGGCGUGGGAUGAGAAUCACAGCGGACUCAUUACUCUCAGCGUGGGCAUCUACAAGGGGCAACAGACGGCAGCGCCCGAGUCACUAGCCUUGCCUCUGAGAAGCCCGACACCAGGAAGGCUGUGGUACAAACCAAUGCAGGAUGCCGGAUACAACUUCGGGCCCAGCUUUCAAAAGCAAUUGGAGUUGGAGACGACGUUGGGGAGACGUUACUCGCGAUCUAUCGUAUCUCUAGAUGCUCCGGCGUCGACAUGGUGCCCGCAGUCCGACUAUCCCUUGCACCCAGCCUGUUUGGAUGGCUUCUUCCAGACCACGACCGCGUCACUUUGGGAGGGUGACCGGAGUAGCAUGAAUGCGGUGCUGAUUCCUUCGAGCAUCGACAGCGUCAUCAUCGCCGCCAGACCGAGAGCUCGCGAGGGUGUUGUGGUCACGAGUGCGGAUUACAUCGGCACCGGUCGUCGCGAGGACAAGACAAAUUACAUCUCCCAGGGCACCAUGUACAAUCCAGUGGACGGGGAAGUCAUGUCCGAGCUCAAAGGAGUGCAUUAUAGUCGCCUCGAGACGCGUGCGGAUGUAUAUACAUCGUACACAUACCUGCGGGCCGUGUGGAAACCCGACUUCGGCCUCUUGAAGGAAGACACCAAGUUCCACAGAGCUCUUGCAUUAUCUGGCGAUGACAGCACCCAGGAUGCAUUGCAGAGUGUCAUCGAUCUCGCGGCCUACAAGAACCCUAACCUGGCCGUCCUUGAACUCAACCUGAGCCCUGGUGAUGGAUCCAGCUUGUGGCUUUCCAGACCAGCUAGUGAAUGUGAUAUCAGGGCUGCAUACGGGUCUUACCACUUGGCGAUAAGUGAUCCCAAGGCUCUAAUGGAUGCCCAGGAGAGAUACGCUACUGCCGUGGACACCAUUGAGUUCAGUCUCUCGGAUCCCAUGAAGCUGGACUUUACACCUCCGUCUGAGACAUUUGAUCUCGUUGUAGUAAAAGUUCCACAGCUUGUAGCCAACGACUUAGAGCUGCUCGGUCGCAACAUCCGGAGGACACUCAGAGAGGAUGGGAGUGCUUUAAUAAUCGAGACGCAACCCGGUGAAGCUUGCAUGGACAGUUGUGAUGUGGGAAAGACGCUAUCCUGCACAGGCUUUACCAACAUCCGCAAUUUCUCCCGGCAUGGCUACCUCGCUGGAGUCACAAGCGACAGCCAACCUCAGCCCGGAAGUAGGGAUGAUAUUGUCCUCAUCCGUCUCUCGUCCGGACAUAUGGAAAAUGAAAGCGUACUGUCUGUCUUGUCGUCUUUGCGCGAGCUGGGCUGGAGAGUCGAGGAGCAGAACGCCGAGACCACCGAGUCUAUCACUUCCAAAUCCACUGUGCUUGUCCUUGACGAAAUCGUCAGCCCAGUUCUCACGACGGCUUCGAAAAUACAGUGGGACUCCAUCAAGCAACUCGUAAGAAGCGAGUGCAGCAUUCUCUGGGUCACUUCGGGGUCGCAGAUGGCCGUGACAGAUCCGGAAAGGUCCAUCGUUCACGGCCUAUUCCGCACCAUACGCGCCGAGGAGCCUGCUUUGAAGCUGAUGACGCUCGACGUGGAAUCGGUCGCCACUGCCGAGACACUUGCCAAUACUGUGGAGGCGGUGGAUACGGUUCUAAAGAUGACCUUGGGACCGUUGAAGCUGCAGCCUAAUGACUUCGAAUACGCUGAGCGGGGCGGUGUCCUGCACAUCAAUCGCGUGCUUCAGGAUGAAGCACUGAACAGGGUCAAGUUUGAGGACGCACCGCAGGGGACGAUGCCGGCGCGCAGAGUUGACAUCCACGACAUGGCUACGACUGUACGGCUAGUGACGGAGCAGACUGGAAGUCUGGACUCGCUCCACUAUGUCGAAGUGGAAACCAACACACAGAUUGGGCCCGAUGCCGUUGAGAUCCAGAUACACGCGGCGGCGGUGAACUUCAAGGACGUCGCCGUGGCCAUGGGCAUCGUGCCGGAGGACGGCCAUCUGCUCGGCGUGGAGGGGGCGGGCGUGAUCUUGCGAAAAGGAGAGAAUGUCCGGGACCGGCAUAUCGGGCAGCGUGUCGUCGUUUUCGAGAAGGGCACGUUCGCCAACCGCAUUGUCGCCAGCGCGCGGCGGACCUUUCCCAUACCCGCGACCAUGAGUUUUGAGGAAGCAACGACGCUGCCUGCGGUAUACCUGACGAGCAUCUACGGGCUGCACCGCCUCGCGAAUAUCAAGGCCGGCCAGAGCGUGCUGAUUCACUGCGCGUCCGGCGGCGUGGGCAUCGCGGCCAUUCAGCUGUGCCAGCACCGGGGCUGUGACAUUUUCGCGACAGCGGGCACGGAGGACAAACGGCGCUUUCUCGUCGACACCUUCGGAAUCCAGCCGGACCACGUCUUUUCCUCGCGCACGGCCGAGUUCGCCACGGGCAUCAUGGCCGCCACGAACGCACGCGGCGUCGACGUGAUCCUCAACUCGCUGGCCGGAGAGCUGCUUAACGAGAGCUGGCGCAUCAUCGCCGACGGCGGAACCAUGGUCGAGCUUGGCAAGAAGGACAUAUUGGCCAAAAACAGUUUGCCCAUGGAGCCUUUUGGACGCAAUGCGAGCUUCCGCGCCAUGGACCUGUCCUAUCGUGAGAUAUCGGAUGAGCUCCUUGCUGAUAUGUUCGCCGAGAUCUUCGAUCUUCUGGAGCACGGACAUGUAAACCCAAUUUCUCCUCGACAAGUGUUCCCAUGGGACAACAUACCGGCAGCCUGCCGCACCAUGCGAGGGAGCAAGCACAUCGGGAAGCUCAUUGUGUCUAACGGGCCGGAUGCGAAGGUCGAAGUCCAGGUUCGUCGCCACCGCCGCAAGCUCUCCAGCUCCCUUGAUCCUCGAGAGUCAUACCUCAUCGUCGGCGGGCUGAGGGGUGUUUGCGGUAGCCUGGCCCUCCACCUGGCCAAGACAGGCGGCGCGAGACAUCUUGCUAUUAUGUGUCGCAGCGGGUACGACGAUGACCGGUCCCAAGAGGUGAUCAGAGAUCUCGAGGCGCUGGGUUGCUCAGUUGACAGGCUUAUCGGGGACGUCGCUGAGCUUGAGGACGUACGCAGAUGCUUCGUAGACAUGACGGUGCCGGUCGCGGGCAUCAUACAAGGCGCCAUGGUUCUUCAUGACCGCAUGUUCGCUUCCAUGACUCACGCCGACUAUCAUGACGCACUCAGGCCAAAGGUGCAGGGUUCGUGGAACUUACAUGUCGUCUCUCUCGAGAAAGCCCUGCCGCUCCGUUUCUUCACUCUUCUCUCUUCGGCAUCGGGCAUCGUGGGGAAUAUGGGGCAAGCCAAUUACGCUGGCGCGAGCGUGUACCUCGAUGCUCUGGCAUCCUACCGCCGGGACCAGCUCCAUCUGCCAGCCUGCUCCGUUGACCUCGGAGUGAUCGAAGAUGUCGGAUACGUAGCCGCACACGGCGACGUCUCGGAAAAGCUUGGUAGUAGACAAUGGGCAACCAUUAGCGAGGGCCUUCUGCGGCGGAUACUGGAGUACAGCAUCUACCAGCAGGACGGCCAGCGACAAGCGACCACGGUCUCGUCGCUGUCGCCUGUACGGAUGAGCUCGGCCCAGAUCGUGACCGGGAUCCCUGUUCCACAGCCCAGCGGGAGCGAGCUGCUGCGAGACGCGCGCUUCCAGGGCCUGCGCACCUCCUCCUUGCGCAUGAACACCGACACGGAGCGGAGCUCCUCAGCCGGCACGCAGAAAGACGCAAAGGCGAUCAAAGACCUGCUCCUGGCCCUGCGGGCGCCGGGCAGCUCCGCCACCAGCCCCGACGUCCAGGCCGCCGCCCUCGCGGUCCUGCAGAGGCGGUUCGCGCAGACCCUGCGCCUCGAUGAGGCAGACAUGGACCCGAGCCGGCCACCGCGCGCAUAUGGGCUCGACUCGCUGGCGGCCGUCGAGCUGCGCAACUGGGCGCGCGCCGCGCUGGGCGUGCAGCUCACGUCGCUGGACAUUGUCAACGCGGGGAGCAUGGUCGCGCUGUGCGGCAAGAUUCUUGAGCGCAUGGUAGACGCGAAGGCUUGA